UGGAUAUUUCUUAAAACACAAACGAUUAAUGUUAAAAAAUAAUAACAGACGCUACGUUGAUACUUAAAGUAACAGUAGGUAGUCGUGGAAUAGCUUACUAAGAUAGAAAAUGUCCAGAGAGGACAUGUCCGACGAGGAAAAUGAAAACAAUUUUUCUGAGGACGAUAGAGUGAAGUUUGUGGGGGGUCAAGUUUGUCAAAUAUUACAAGUGAAACAGGAAAUAUGGGAUAAAUGUGUAGCAAUUGAGCCAAACCAGAAAGUACUUGAAAGGUUUUUUGAAGAGCAAAAUUAUAAUCAAUUUUUUAUAACAACAUCGACUGUUGGUCUAAUUGCUUCUAAGGAGGUGUCACCACUACCCAAAAAUAAUGCAUUCUACAUCCUCAAGAAGAAGCCUCUGCCAAUUACUUCUGAAAACUACAGGAAACAACUUAUUUUUGGGCUGGUCUCUCAGUCACCUCUGCCACAGCUGUCAAACACGCUACAGCAGGUGUGUGUCCCACUUCUGUCAAAUAAGAAGAACCAUCAAAUGUGGCCUAAUCUGAUGUCUCAAGAUAUUAGUCGUCAUGUCGAGCACAUGAGGAACAAGACAUCAGUGGUGCGGGGACACUUCCUGGGGAAAACUAUCCUUCCCAUUCCAACAGCAACAGCUGGGAUAGAAGGUUCCCAGAGUAAUGUCAAAAUGCCUGACAGCUUUGACAGGACAGUCGUCCAUGCUAUUGAGUCCAUGGUCAUCAGUUGGACACAUCUGAUCCAGAAGGUUCUGAAAGAGGAUUCUUCAGAGCACCUUCUGCAGGGGUUGAACCCAGGCCCCAGUGCAGAGAUUAACUUCUGGAUCACCAGGAAUGCCAAUAUGCACAAUAUACAUCAGCAGCUUCAAAGUCCCAUAGUCCAAAAGAUGGUCAAUAUUCUAGAAAUGGCAGAAAGCAGCUAUUACCCUUCAAUCAAAACCCUGAUUGGAGAUGUGUUUGAUGCCUUACAAGAAGCCUGGAGCAUUGAGCUGCACCUGCGUCCACUGAGUGUCCACCUGUUUCAACUGGAAAAGGAAGAGUUUCCUCGUGUUGAGACUCUCCUCCCGCCGCUCUUCCACCUGCUGUUCCUCAUCUGGACCCGCUGUCCGUCGUACAGCUACCCCACGCGCAUGGUGGUGCUGCAGCAGGAGCUGUGCAAUCUACUCAUCCAGCAAGCCACAGAUUAUCUGGCACCUGAACAGUUGCUGAGGGAAGACACAGAGGAGGGUCUGGAAAAGGUGCGGGCGGCGAUGAAGGUCUUCAGAUGUUUCCGGCACUGUUACCAGGCUCAGCGCGAGAAGCUGGCGUGCCAGGUCACUCAUGCUCUCUGGGACUUCCCGUCUUCCAUUGUUUUUGGACGCUUCGACCGUUUCUUGAAACGACUCCUUCAGUUAGAGGACUUGUUUGAGGUUAUUCUGGACUUCCAGAGGUUGGAGAAGCUUGAGUUUGGUGGCCUUAAAGGGAAUGUGUUGAGUGACCAGGCCUCUCAGAUGCACAGGGAGUUCCUGGAGCACUGCCAGGUGUUUAAGGACAGUGACUACAAUCCACUUGAUUACAAUGCUCAGGAAUUUCAGAAGGACUAUGAAGCCUUCAAAGAGAGGGUUGUGGACUUUGAUCGCCGUCUCGCGUCCAUUCUUUGUUUGGCCUUCAAAGAUUGCUCAGGAUUAGAAUCAGCAUUCAAGCUGCUGGCCGUUUUUGGAACUUUUUUGGGGAGAGGACUUGUCAAGCAGAUCUUUAGUCCCAACUUCCAAGUUUUACUUCAGCUCUUUAUGGAGGAAUUGGAAAAGUGCAAACACCUAUACGACUCCCAGUUACAAGGUCUGACCCCUGUGCCCAAAAACAUGCCACUCAUGUCGGGAGCCCUGAAGUGGGCAAAAAUGCUCAGAGAGCGAAUCCAAACCCCAUGGGAAAGUUUCCGAUUUGUGUUGGACAUGCCAAUGGAGGGUGCAGAGAUGGAUCUGGUGUACCACAUGUACAUGGAGAUGUCAACUCUUCUGGAUCAGUUUGAGGAUGACGUCUACAAUGACUGGUGUAGUGGUUUGGAGCAGAUCUGUCAGUUCAACUUGGAACAACCUCUCAUCAAUAGACAUCCUACAUCUGGCUUGAUCUCAGUGAACUUCAAUCCCAAGCUAGUUGCAGUCUUGAGAGAUGUGAGGUACAUUCUGGCUCUCGAUCAGACCAACAUCCCUCCUGCUGCUAUGGCUGUGUAUGAGAAAAGAGAAACGUUCAUAAAGUACAUAGGCAGUCUACAGUUACUGGUCCAGUGGUACAACACGUUAAAGCAGACGGUUCUGGAGGUGGAGUUUCCUCUCAUCAGAGCUGAGCUGGCGGACCUGGACCUGGAGCUAGGCCGGGCUGAGACGCUCCUCACCUGGCAGGACCCGGACAGCUGGAGCUUCAUCCAAGCCACCAAACAUGUGGUUCAGAACCUGCAGUGGAGGGUCCAGAGGACCAAAGACAACUGCGACGCCAUUCAGACCCUGAUGAAAGGCUGGAGCAAGCAGGCUUUGUUCUGCAGGAAGGACAACAGGAGAGACGCGCUCUUACAGCUGGACGACAGGAGCGACCGCGUGAGCAAAAGAUACAGUGCCACACAGAAGGAUGGAUGCACCAUCCACAAACUGAUACAGGAGAACAUGUCCUACUUUUGUGCGGACCCUGCUUCGGAGUUAUGGCAGUCCUACCUGGAGUAUGUGGACGAGAUGCUGGUGGAGGGCUUCUUCUGCGCUAUCAGCCACUCCCUGGAGUUCUUUGUGGAGAACAUGGAGGCAGGGCCGCGUCAGGUUCCUCUGCUGGAGGCCCGGAUGGUUCUGAAUGGUUCUGCGGUGUCCUUCCUGCCCUCCUUAGAGAGAGAGGCAGGGGACGGCCUUUAUGAGCUGGUGGAGACCCUGGUCGGAGACAUUUUUAAGAUGUCGGGCACGGUUAAGAGGGUGGCAUCUUAUCUGGAAAUGGAGAGCUACCAGGAUGACAUGGAUGACUUGUUGGAUCUGUUAGAUAUGAGGCAGCACGUCAUGGAACGAGUGGAGGAUGUUCUCAAAAAAGCCGUGGAGUACCAGAGAACAUUUGACUGCUACACCCACUUGUGGCUGGAUGACAGGGCUGAAAUACUAAGACACUUCCUCAUCUAUGGACAGGUGCCAAACUCUGAUGAGAUGGAUAUUUAUGGGGAAUAUGCAUUUCCAGAGACCCCACCGACGAUUGAGAAGUUUAAAGAACAGAUUGACUAUUACGAAGACCUGUAUGCACGAAUCAGCAAGUUUGAGGACGUCAGAGUGUUCGGGGGAUGGUUUAGAGUGGACAUCAGGUCAUUCAAGAGCAGCCUUUUGAACAUUAUUAAAAAGUGGAGCUGGCUGUUUAAGGAACAUCUCAUGACAUACGUCACAGACAGUCUGAAAGAGCUGGAAGAGUUUGUCCAGGCCACCAGAGAGGGUUUGGGACAGCCUCUGAUGAAAGGGGACCACCAUGGCCUGGUGAAGGUCAUGGGUCACCUGCUGGCUGUGAGGGACAGACAGGUGGCCACAGACAGGCUGUUUGAGCCUCUCAAGGACACCAUCACCCUGCUGGAGGGAUACGGAGAGGCCAUGCCAGACCAGGUCUACUCACAGCUUGAGGAGCUGCCUGAGAAAUGGAGUGGUGCCAAGAAGCUGGCUUUGUCAGUCAGGCAUGAGGUAGCGCCUCUGCAGAAUGCAGAAGUGACCGUUAUUCGUCAAUGGUGUUCGGCUUUCGAUACGAAGCAAAGCAAAUUCAGGAAGAGGUUCAAAACAGAAGCACCUUUCAGUUACAAUGCUGUGAACCCAUAUAUCAGACUGGAAAAAUCCCACAGAGAGAUCCAAGCCCUGGAAAGAGAAGUGGCAGAGCUUCAGGAAUCCACCAACCUGUUCGAAGUCACCAUCCCUGACUACCGAGACCUCAAGACCUGUGGACGGGAGAUCACCGUCCUCAAAGAGCUCUGGGACAUUGUUGUGUACGUUCAGGGCAGUGUGGAGGACUGGACAAUGACCAAAUGGAGGGAGAUAAACAUCGACCAGAUGGAUGCCGAAAUGAGGGGGUUUGCCAAGGACAUGAGGCAGCUGGACAAGGAGGCCCGCGUGUGGGAUGUGUAUUCGGGGUUGGACCUCUACGUGAAGAACCUGUUGACGUCUCUGAGAGCUGUGAAUGAGCUCCAGAACCCGGCCAUACGAGAGCGCCAUUGGGCCCAGCUCAUCCGAACCACCAAGGUUGACUUCACAAUGACCAGUGGAACUACUCUUGGUGACCUCUUGGCACUACAGCUUCAUUUGUUUGAAGAGGAAGUUCGCAACAUUGUGGACAAGGCAGUGAAAGAGAUGGCUAUUGAGAAGGUUUUAACUGAAAUCAGUCAGACAUGGGCAAAGAUGGAGUUUUCAUAUGAGAGUCACCAUCGAACAUCAGUCCCUCUACUGAAAUGUGACGUAGAACUCAUCGACACACUAGAAGACCAUCAGGUGCAGCUCCAAGGCAUCUCCCAGUGCAAGCACGUGGAGCACUUCCUGUCCCAGGUGUCGGGUCUUCAGGGCCAGCUGACGGUGGCGGACUCAGUGCUGCUGGUCUGGCUGGAGGUCCAGAGGACCUGGGCCCACCUGGAAAGCAUCUUCAUCGGCUCAGAGGACAUCAGCCUCCAGCUGCCUGACGAUGCAAGAAGAUUCCAGGCUAUUGAUCAUGACUUCCAGAAAUUGAUGUUUGACAGUGCCAAAACCAAAAAUGUAAUUGAGGCUACAAACAAACCAUACUUGUUUGAGAAGAUAGAGGAUCUUCAGAAAAGAUUGGCACUGUGUGAGAAAGCUCUGGCCGAAUACUUGGAGACAAAACGACUCGCCUUUCCACGCUUCUACUUUGUGUCUUCAGCUGACCUUCUGGACAUCCUCUCCAAAGGAAGCCAGCCCAAACAGGUCACGUGUCACCUCUCAAAACUGUUCGAUAACAUGGCAGACCUAGACUUCACCGGGGACGAUGGAGUUGAGACUGACAACGUUGCCGUAGGAAUGUACAGCAAGGAGAAGGAAUACGUUCCUUUUCCGACUCGCUGUAGCUGUGUCGGUCCGGUGGAGGGCUGGCUGACGCGGCUGGAGAGCACCAUGAGGGAGUGUGUGAGGGCCCACCUGGCGGAGGCCGUGUCCGUGUACGAGGACCGGCCCAGGGAGCAGUGGGUCCUUGCCUACCCGGCCCAGGUGGCUCUGACCAGCUCCCAGGUCUGGUGGAGCAACGACAUGGAGCUGGUGUUCCAGAGACUGGAGGAGGGCUUUGAGUCUGCGCUCAAAGACUACAAUAAGAAACAGAUUGCGCAGCUCAACUCUCUGAUUAGCAUGCUGUUGGGGGAGCUGAGCUCUGGAGACAGGCAGAAGAUCAUGACCAUAUGCACCAUCGACGUCCAUGCCAGGGACGUUGUGGCCAAGCUCAUCGCUCAGAAGGUCACCAAUGCGCAGGCCUUCCCGUGGUUGUCCCAGCUCCGACACUGCUGGGACGAGACACAGAGGCAAUGCUUCGCCAACAUCUGUGACGCUCAGUUCCUCUACUCGUACGAGUAUCUAGGCAACACGCCGCGCCUUGUCAUCACCCCCCUCACAGACAGAUGCUACAUCACCCUGACCCAGUCGCUCCACCUGACAAUGAGUGGUGCCCCAGCAGGCCCCGCCGGCACGGGGAAGACUGAGACCACCAAGGACCUAGGGAGGGCUCUGGGCGUCAUGGUGUAUGUCUUUAACUGCUCCGAACAGAUGGACUACAAGUCUAUCGGCAAUAUCUAUAAAGGCCUGGCCCAGGUGGGAGCUUGGGGCUGUUUCGAUGAGUUCAACCGCAUCGCGGUGGAGGUUCUGUCGGUUGUGGCUGUCCAAGUUAAAACCAUACAGGACGCCAUUCGCAACAAGAGGAAGAGGUUCAUUUUCCUUGAGGAGGACAUUGUUUUAAAACCAUCUGUGGGGAUCUUCAUCACCAUGAACCCUGGCUACGCCGGCCGGACAGAGCUUCCUGAGAACCUCAAGGCUCUCUUCAGACCUUGUGCCAUGGUGGUCCCUGAUAUUGAGCUCAUCUGUGAGAUCAUGCUGGUGGCAGAGGGCUUCCUCAGCGCCAAGCUCCUGGCCAGGAAGUUCAUCACCCUCUACACACUCUGCAGAGAACUUCUCUCCAAACAGGACCACUAUGAUUGGGGUCUGCGUGCCGUGAAGUCCGUCCUGGUGGUUGCUGGUGCUCUGAAAAGAGGGGACAAGACCAGACCAGAGGAUCAGGUGCUGAUGCGAGCACUGAGGGACUUCAACAUGCCUAAGAUCGUCACUGAGGACGUGGCCAUCUUCAUGGGCCUCAUGGGAGACCUGUUCCCUGGUCUGGUGGUGCAGAGGAAGAGGGACCUUGAGUUUGAACAGGCGGUCCGACAGACAACCCUGGAGCUGAGGCUGCAGCCAGAGGAGACCUUCAUCCUAAAGGUGGUUCAACUGGAGGAGCUCAUGGCUGUUCGGCACUCAGUCUUUGUGUUGGGAAACGCUGGAACUGGGAAGAGCCAGAUAUUGAGGACGUUGAAUAAGACCUAUUCGAACCUGAAGAGAAAGCCAGUCUGGAAUGAUUUGAAUCCAAAGGCAGUGGACACCGAUGAGCUUUUUGGCUUCAUCCAUCCUGCAACCCGAGAGUGGAAGGAUGGUCUGCUGUCUUCGCUGAUGAGAGAGCAGUCAAACGCCUCACACCUCGGGCCCAAGUGGAUUGUUUUGGACGGGGACAUUGAUCCCAUGUGGAUUGAAUCUCUCAACACGGUGAUGGACGACAACAAGGUCCUGACUCUAGCCAGUAAUGAGCGCGUGCCUUUGACCCCAUCCAUGAGGCUGGUGUUUGAGAUCAGUCACCUGAGAACGGCCACGCCGGCCACCGUGUCCAGGGCAGGCAUCCUCUACGUCAACCCCCAGGACCUGGGCUGGAAUCCGUAUGUCACCAGCUGGAUCGACUCGAGGGCUCGUCAGACCGAGAAAGCACACCUCACCAUUCUGUUUGACAAGUACGUUCCUCGCUGCGUUGAACAGAUGAGGAGCACUUUCAAGACCAUCACGCCUAUCACAGAGAACACGAUGAUCCAGACUCUCUGUACGUUGUUGGACUGCCUUCUGACACCAGAGAACAUUCCCUGCGACUCUCCUCGAGAGCUCUACGACACCUACUUCACCUUCGCUUGCAUCUGGGCCUUCGGAGGGGCGCUGUAUCAAGAUCAGCUGUGCGACUACCGGGCCGAGUUCAGCCAAUGGUGGGUCAAGGAGAUGAAGGCCGUGAAGCUGCCCGCCCAGGGGACCGUGUUUGACUACUUCCUGGACCCAGUGACUAGGCGCUUCCUGCCCUGGAGCCACAGGGUCCCGGUCUUCCACACUGAGCCCCAUACUCCGCUCCAGGCAGUCCUGGUCCACACCUCGGAGACGGUGUGUCUGCGGUUCUUCGUGGACCUGUUGCUGGACAGGGGCCGACCCUUGAUGUUGGUGGGGAACGCUGGAGUGGGGAAGAGUGCCCUGGUCAGAGACAAGCUGGACGACUUACCAGACACCUUCAUGACCGCCAAAGUGCCCUUCAACUAUUACACCACUUCCCUCAUGCUGCAGACCAUCUUGGAGAGGCCGUUGGAGAAAAGGGCAGGCAGGAACUUUGCCCCUCCAGGAAACAGGAAGUUGAUCUACUUCCUGGAUGACAUGAACAUGCCAGCUGUGGACAGUUACGGGACAGUGCAGCCUCACACUCUCAUCCGCCAGCACCUGGACUACCAGCACUGGUAUGACAGACAGAGGUUGUCCCUGAAGGAGAUCCAAAACACGCAAUAUGUCGCCUGUAUGAAUCCAACAGCAGGAAGCUUCAACAUCAACCCCAGACUACAGAGACAUUUCUCAGUGUUCGCCGUGAACUUCCCGUCUGCUGAUGCCCUGGAGUCCAUCUACAGCCAGGUUCUGAGUGGCCACCUGCAGCAGCAGCCCUUCAGCUCCGCGGUUCUGAAGACUGGCCCGGCAGCGGUCAAGGCCGCCAUCGCCCUCCACCGCAAGAUGGCCCACAACUUCCUGCCCACGGCCAUCAAGUUCCACUACAUAUUCAACCUCAGGGAUCUGUCCAAUGUCUUCCAGGGCCUCCUGUUCUCUGGAGCAGAGACUGUGAGACAUGGUUUGGACCUGGCUCUGCUCUGGCUCCAUGAGACCAGCAGGGUGUACUCAGACAGACUGGUGGAGCCCAAAGACCUGCAACUCUUCCACAAGCUCCAGCUGGACACCCUGCAUGAGAACUUCGAGGAAGUGGAGGAGCAGGAAGUCUCGCGACAGCCCCUCGUGUUUUGCCACUUUGCCCUGGGGGCCGGAGAGACGCGCUACGCGGCCGUCAGAGACUGGGCCGUGCUCAGGAGACUCCUCAGCGAGGCGCUGGACGGCUACAACGAGCUUAAUGCCGCCAUGGACCUCGUGUUGUUUGAGGAAGCCAUGCAGCAUGUAUGUAGGAUCAGCCGUGUCCUGCAGUGUCCCCGCGGUCACGCGCUGCUUGUCGGCGUGGGGGGAAGCGGGAAGCAGAGCCUCACUCGCCUGGCGGCCUUCCUGUCCUCGGUGGACGUGUUCCAGAUCACCCUGAGCAAGACCUACAGCAUGCAGGACCUGAAGGUGGAUCUGGCUGGUCUGUACUUAAAGACAGGUGUGAAGAACCAGCCCACAGCUUUGCUCCUGACCGAUGCCCAGAUACCUGACGAGCACUUCCUGGUCGUCAUCAACGACCUGCUGGCUUCAGGAGAGAUCCCGGAGCUCUUCACUGAGGAGGAGAUGGAGGGCAUUGUUGCCCGGGUGACGCCUGAGGUCCGGGGCCUGGGUCUGCAGGACAGCAGGGAGAACUGCUGGAGGUUCUUCAUCAACCGCGUCCGGCUACAGCUCAAGGUGGUCCUGUGUCUGUCUCCAGUGGGCCGCGGGCUGAGGGUCCGGGCGCGUCGCUUCCCCGCCCUGGUCCACUGCACCACGGUGGACUGGUUCCACCUGUGGCCCGCGGAGGCCCUGCGCUCCGUCAGCCACAGGUUCAUCCAGGAGAUUGAGGGCAUCCAGCCCGCCGUCCAGGAAUCCAUCAGUCUUUUCAUGGCCUACGUUCACACCAGUGUCAACCGGGCAAGUGAAAAAUACCGGCGCAAUGAGCAGAGGUACAAUUACACCACCCCCAAGAGUUUUCUCCAGCAAAUCACCCUGUACGCAAACCUGCUGGCCAAGCGUCGGACUCACCUCCAGAGCAAGAUGAACCGGCUCGUCGGCGGCCUUCAGAGGCUCCAGACCACUGCCUCCCAGGUUGAGGACCUGAAAUCCAAACUGGCGUCUCAGGAAGCGGACCUCACCGUGAAGAACCGGGACGCCGCGGCUUUGAUCGCAAAGAUAGGCCUUCAGACGGAGAGGGUCAGCCGCAAGAGAGAGGCCGCAGAUGUGGAAGCACAGAAGGUGGCCGUCAUCCAGGCAGAGGUGUCUCUGAAGCAGCAGGACUGUGAAACAGACCUGGCCAAGGCAGAGCCGGCUCUGGAAGCCGCAACAGCAGCCCUGGACACCCUCAACAAGGUGAACUUGACAGAGCUGAAGACGUUCCCCAACCCCCCCGCGGCGGUGAUCAACGUGGCGGCGGCGGUUAUGGUUCUGCUGGCGCCGCGCGGCCGGGUGCCCAAGGAGCGGAGCUGGAAGGCCGCGAGGGCCUUCAUGGGCAAGGUGGAUGACUUCCUGCUGGCGUUGGUGUCGUACGACAAGGAGCACAUCCCCGAGUCCUGCCUCAGCGUGGUGAAGCACGAGUACCUGAGGAAGCCAGAGUUCCACCCCGACCUGGUCAGAACCAAGUCCACUGCCGCCGCUGGCCUCUGUGCCUGGGCCCUAAACAUCGUCAGAUACUACGAGGUUUACUGUGACGUGGCACCCAAACGGCAAGCUUUGUCCCAAGCUAACGCAGAGCUGGAGACUGCAACGGUGAAACUGCUGGCUGUGCAGAAGAAACUAGAAGACUUGGAUGUAAACCUCCAAAGCCUCACGGCACAGUUUGAGAAGGCCGCUGCUGAGAAGCUUCGCUGCCAGGAGGAAGUGACCCGCACCAACCAGACUAUUGAGCUGGCCAACCGGCUGGUGAAGGGUCUAGAGUCAGAGAAGGAGCGCUGGUCCCUGGCCGUGGUCCAGUACGAGGCGCAGCAGGAGACCCUCUGUGGAGAUGUGCUCCUCACGGCGGCGUACGUCUCCUACGUGGGCUACUUCACCCUGUCUUACCGGCAGGAACUCCUCCGCGAUGCCUGGAUCCCCUUCCUCCGCUCUCAGAAGACCCCCAUCCCCCUGACAGAAGGCCUGGAGCCCAUCCUCAUGCUCACAGACGACGCCACCGUGGCUGCCUGGCACAACCAGGGCCUGCCGGGAGAUAGGAUGUCCACGGAGAACGCUGCCAUCCUGACCACCAGCGAGCGCUGGCCACUCAUGGUCGACCCCCAACAGCAGGGCAUCAAGUGGAUCCGUAACCGGUGCGGGCCGGGGCUGAGGGUGGUGCAGCUCGGACAGAAGGGCUACUUGGAGAUGAUUGAAUAUGCUUUGGCGUGUGGUGAGACUCUUCUGAUUGAGAACCUGAAGGAAAAGGUGGACCCAGUUCUGGAACCUCUUCUUUGCAGAAACACCAUCAGGAGAGGGAGGUACAUUCGGAUUGGGGGUAAGGAGUGUGAAUACAACAGCCAUUUCCGGCUCCUCCUCCACACCAAGCUAGCCAAUCCCCACUUCCCCCCGGAGCUGCAGGCUCAGAUGACCCUCAUCAACUUCACAGUGACCCCUGCAGGCCUGGAGGAGCAACUCUUGGGCCAGGUGGUCACCAGAGAAAGACCAGACCUGGAGAACCUGAAGCUGGAGCUGACCACGCAGCAGAACCUCUUCAAGAUCCAGCUGAAGAGCCUGGAGGACGAGCUCCUGAGCCGUCUCUCCGCAGCGCAGGGCAACUUCCUGGGAGACCUGGCCCUGGUGGAGCAGCUGGAGGGCACCAAGGCCACAGCGGCCCACAUCCACUGCAAGGUGGUGGAGGCCAGGGAGAACGAGACAGAGAUCAACGAGGCUCGAGAGCUCUACCGCCCAGCGGCCGAGAGAGCGUCACUCCUCUACUUCAUCAUCGACGACCUCCACAAGAUCAACCCCAUGUACCAUUUCUCCCUCAAGACAUUCAACACCGUGUUCCACAAAGCCAUGGGCCGGGCGGAGUGGAACGAGGAAGUGAGGGCGAGGGUUCUCUCCCUGACGGAGGCCAUCACCUACUCAGUAUUCCUGCACACCAGCCUGGGCCUGUUUGAGAGAGACAAGUUAACCUUCUUGUCACACACCGCCUUCCAGAUUCUGCUAACGAGGGGUCAGGUUGACGGGCAGGAGAUGGACUUCCUGUUGCGUCUCCCCGUGGAGCCCAGCAGAUCCAGCCCAGUGUCCUUUCUCUCCCCUCAGGCCUGGGGGGCUGUCCGGACCAUCUCGGCCCUGGAGGACUUCCGGGGGCUGGAUCGAGACAUCGAGGGCUCUGCCAAACGCUGGAGGAAGCUGGUGGAGUCUGAGUGCCCUGAGAGGGAGAGGUUUCCUCAGGAGUGGAAGAGCAAAAGCUCCCUGCAAAAGCUGCUCAUCCUGAGGGCUGUCCGCCCCGACAGAAUGACCUACGCCCUCAGGAACUUUGUGGAGGAGAGUUUGGGCGUUAGGUACGUGGAAACGGCUCGGAUGGAGUUUGACAAGACGUUCGAGGAGAGCAGCCCCUCCACCCCUGUAUUCUUCAUUCUGUCUCCUGGAGUUGACCCUCUGCAUGCCGUGGAGAAACUAGGGUUGAGGCUGGGCCUCUCCAUCGACCAGGGAACUGUGCACAACGUGUCUCUGGGCCAGGGCCAGGAGGAGGUGGCCCACAGGGCCCUGGAGAAGGCCUCACAGCUGGGCCACUGGGUCAUUCUACAGAACGUGCACCUGGUGGCUCGCUGGUUGCCCACUCUGGAGAGUCUGCUGGAGAGCACAUCGCUGGACUGUCACCCAGACUACCGGGUGUUCAUGAGCGGAGAGCCUGCGCCCAGUCCCGAGCAGCAUGUCAUCCCCCGGGGGAUCCUGGAGAACGCCAUCAAGAUCACCAACGAGCCGCCCACGGGCAUGCACGCCAGCCUGCACGCUGCCCUGCAUGGCUUCUCUCAAGACACUCUGGAAAUGUGCUCCAGGGAGCAGGAGUUCAACGGCCUCUUCUUCUCCCUGUGCUACUUCCACGCCUGUGUCACCGAGAGGCGCAAGUUUGGGCCUCAGGGCUGGAACCGCAGCUACCCCUUCAACACCGGGGACCUGGCCAUCUCUGUCAACGUGCUCUACAACUAUCUGGAGGCCAACACCAAGGUUCCCUGGGAGGAUCUGUGCUACCUGCUUGGGGAGAUCAUGUACGGAGGUCACAUCACAGACGACUGGGACAGACGACUGGGUCGCACCUUCCUACUAGAGUACAUGCAUCCUAACAUGUUUGAAGGUGAGCUGUUUCUAAGCCCUGGUUUCCUGGCUCCUCCGUACAUGGACUACAACGGUUACCACAGUUACGUGGACGACAAGCUUCCGCCGGAGAACCCGACCCUGUACGGCCUGCACCCCAACGCUGAGCUGGACUUCCUGACGGUCAGCUCACACUGCCUCUUCAGGACGCUGCUGGAACUGCAGCCCCAGAACUGCUCUGUUGGAGAGGGGGCUGUGCAAAGCUCAGAGGAGAAGGUGAAGCAGGUGCUGGACGAGAUGUUGGAGAAGCUACCAGAGGAGUACAACAUGGCCGACGUGAUGGCCAAGACGCCCGAGCGAAGCCCCUACAUCCUGGUGUGCUUCCAGGAGUGCGACCGCAUGAACGCGCUGCUGGAGGAAGUACGACGCUCUCUGAAGGAGCUGGACCUGGGGCUGAAGGGAGAGCUGACCAUUUCCUCCAACAUGGAGACUCUCCAGUCAGCCCUGUUCUACGACACGGUCCCGGAAUCCUGGGCCCGGCUCGCCUACCCCUCCACCAACACACUUGCACAAUGGUUCAGUGACGUCCUCUGUCGCUGUCGUGAGCUUGACUCUUGGAGCCAGGAUCUGGUUCUGCCUGCUGUGGUCUGGCUGUCUGGGUUCUUCAACCCCCAGUCCUUCCUCACCGCUGUCAUGCAGAGCAUCGCUCGUAAAAACCAGUGGCCACUGGACAAGAUGGCGCUGACGGUGGAUGUCACCAAGAAGAGCAGGGAGGACUAUGGACACCCGCCCAGGGAAGGAGCCUAUAUCCAUGGCCUCUACAUGGAGGGGGCCAGGUGGGACACCCAGGCAGGGGUGAUCUCUGAGGCCGUGCUGAGGGAGCUGACCCCGGCCAUGCCGGUGCUCUACGUCCGGGCGGUGCCCUCGGAGCAGCUGGAGGUGAGGAACACGUACGAGUGCCCCGUGUACCGCACCAAGCUCCGCGGAGGCAGCUACGUGUGGACCCUCCACCUCCGGACCAAGCAGCCCCCUGCAAAGUGGGUCCUGGCUGGGGUGGCGCUGCUGUUGUCCGUGUGA